AUGUGUCAUUCCACCUCCAGGAUCAGCAGCCGCGGAGGAGAUGGAGAGAAUCUACCGCCGAGAAAGUCUCAUAGGCGUUCCAGUAGCGAUGUUACAUUCGGGUUUAGUUCUGUAAUGACUCAGAGUCCUUUGAUCCCGAUGAGGUCUCUGGAGAGAUCUGUCUCUGGGGGAGGAGGAGGAGAGGCUUUGAAUUGGGUCAAGGAAGAGCCUGGAAGAAGACAAUCUGAGAGUGCAGCUGUGGACAUAUUUUCAAGGCGAGGUAAUGAGGCUGUGAUGGAGAGUAGUGGGACUAGGAAGACCAAUGGUGGUGGAACCAGUAGUGACUCGGAGGGAGAGAGCAGUGACAAUGUGAAGGUGGGAGGUAGUAGUAGGAUAGCAAACAUCAAAGAAGGCAAUUUCAAUACUAGAGCUGGUGGUGACAUUGUUCCCACUGGUAUUAGACACUACAGGAGUGUUUCCAUGGAUAGUGGUUUCAUGGGGAAAUUGGACUUUGGUGGUGAUGAUUCAUCAUCGCUUAAGCUUCAGGUAAAAGCUUCCCCAACUAAUUCUGGUGAAGGGAACUCGAGUGUUGAAUUUGGAAACAGUGAGUUUACUGCGGCUGAGAUGAAGAAGAUCUCAGCAGAUGAGAACCUUGCUGAGAUUGUAAUGACUGACCCUAAACGUGUUAAAUGGAUAUUGGCAAACCGUGUCUCUGCUGCACGUUCAAAGGAGCGGAAGACGCAAUACAUGGCGGAGUUAGAACACAAGGUGCAGACCCUUCAGACUGAGGCGACUACAUUAUCUGCUCAGCUCACGCAUUUGCAGAGAGAUUCAAUGGGGUUGACGAACCAAAACAAUGAGCUCAAGUUCUGUCUUCAAGCUUUGGAGCAGCAGGCACAACUCCGCGAUGAUACAUACGCUAUAUUAUAUUAUAUUAUGUUAAGGGUUGCUCUACCGUUGUUUUAUAUUCUACCAAGUCCUCAGCCUUGA